AUGGCUUCACAAGCUGCUUACCAACUCGAGAAAACCCUCGGCCAUACCGGUGACUCCAUCACCCAACAAGAUGUGGCUAGCUACCCACCCAAAGAGGAUGGCUCUGGCGGUACCAUGAAGGCUUUGACAUGGCAGAGCAAGAACAAAGUCGCCAUAUCUGAUGUACCCAGACCUAGAAUUCUGGAAGACCGCGACGUAAUUCUCAAAGUCACAGGAAGUACCAUAUGCGGCUCUGAUCUCCAUCUCUUACAUGGCGCUAUCAUUGAGUUGGCAAAGGGGGAUAUUCUCGGUCAUGAGUUUUGCGGGAUCGUUGAUGAAAUAGGACCUGGCGUCGACAAAGAGAAGAUCAAGCCUGGGAAGCGAUACGUUGCAUCUUUCCAGAUUGCAUGUGGCGACUGCUUCUUCUGCAAACAGAAACUUUCGAGCCAGUGUGAGAAGACGAAUUCCAAUACCAUUGCAAAGGCAAUGUAUGGAGACACGACGGCUGGGAUUUUUGGUUACUCGCACUUUACUGGAGGGUUCGCGGGCGGGCAGGCUGAGUACGUCCGCGUGCCGCUUGGGGAUGUGAACCUGCUCGAAAUCCCCGACGAUGUGGUGGAUGAAAAAGCACUGUACCUGUCUGAUGUUCUCGCCACCUCAUACAACUGUGUUAAAGACACAGCCGUGUAUGAGGGCGAUGAGGUUGCCAUUUUUGGAGCCGGCCCUAUCGGCCAGAUGGCUGGCAUCUUCGCUCUCGGGGAGGGUGCGAAGAAGAUCAUAUUUGUCGAUACGCAACCGCGUCUCGAUUUCGUCAAGGAGCGUUGGCCCGUUUCGCACCUUGAUAAAAUUGUAUUGGUUGACUACAAAAAGCUAUCGUUUGGCGUUACAAACAAGGAGACCGUGGUGAGCCGGCUUAAGGAAUUGUGCGGUGGGCGAGGGCCUGAUGUUGCCCUGGAGUGUGCUGCUGGCGAGUAUAGCAAGGGUUGGCUUCACUGGCUGGAGAUGGCUGUUGGAGCUGAGACUGAUACGAGCGAGAUACUCAACGAGAUGAUAGAGGGUGUGCGUAAUUUCGGGCGAUGUGGUAUCACUGGUGUCUACGUUGGAUAUACAAACCAUUUCAACAUCGGGUCUCUGAUGGAGAGAGGCAUCCGGCUCAUUGGAAACGGCCAGGCCCCUGUCCACAAGUACUGGGAAGAGCUUCUCGACCAGAUCCAGAAGGACCAGCUGGAUCCAUUGCAGAUGCUCUCCCACCGUGUCAGGCUGGAGGAUCUGGACAAGGUCUACUACAAGUUCGAGGCACGGGAGGAUGGGAUGCAAAAGGUGUUUGUUGAGACCAGGCAUUCAGCCCCUCAGGCACCUGGAUCGCCUUCCCUGACCAGAUAUUGA